GAGAGAGAGAGAGAGAGAGAGAGAGAGAGGUGAAGAAGAAAAUUAGAGAAGAGAAGGGUCAAAGAAUACAUAGCAUCACACUAGUCAACGCUUUGAUAAAACUUCUUCUUCUUCGUCUCUUCUCCUUCUCACAUCUCUCUUUCUCACAAACCAAACAAAGCUUUAGACUUCAAUUCUCUAGCUACCUCUCUUUUCACAAUCUCUCUCUCUCUCCCAUGGCACGUUCUAAUGUACCCAAAUUUGGAAACUGGGAAGCUGAGGAGAAUGUUCCUUACACAGCUUAUUUUGACAAAGCUCGUAAGACUCGAGCUCCAGGUGGUAAGAUCAUGAACCCGAAUGACCCGGAGUAUAACUCUGAUUCUCAAUCACAAGCUCCUCCUCCUUCCAGAACCAAACCUGAGCAGGUUGACACUGUUAGAAGAUCGCGUGACCAUACAAGAAGCCGAGAAGAGAGUGAGUUGAAGCAGUUUGGUGAUGCUGGUGGCUCAUCAAAUGAGGCUGCUAACAAAAAACAAGGAAGGUCUUCUCAGAACAAUAGUUACGACAACAAGUCACCGUUGCAUAAGAACUCAUAUGAUGGCACUGGAAGAACCAGGCCUAAACCUGCUAACCUUAGAGCUGAUGAAAGCCCUGAAAAAGUCACAGUGGUGCCAAAAUUCGGUGACUGGGACGAGAAUAACCCGUCAUCAGCUGAUGGAUACACACACAUUUUCAAUAAAGUCCGCGAAGAGAGAAGUUCUGGACCAAACGCGAGUGGAUCUUCAAGAACGCCGACUCAUCCAGUCCCCCGUAACCCUAACAACACUUCCUCAUGUUGCUGCUUUGGCUUUGGAGGAAAAUGAAAGGGAAAUGUAUCCAGAAGAUUGUAUAUAGCUAUGGAGAAAUCAGUGUUUAAUCUUAAUGAUCAGACAUUCGAGCUUUUUUAGAUGAAAUAAGGCAUCAGUACCACUUGCAUAAGAUUUUAUAGUAUAGUUUUGUAUGUAAUAUUUUGUAAUUUUUCAUACUACUUUUGGUGUUUUCAUAAGACACAUUCAAGUUUUGGACCUGCUUGCAGAUUCAUUAUAUCCAAGUUUGAUAAGAAUCAGAGAUAUUUAGGUACCUCCAA